AUGUCAUCCAAGCGCGUUGAAGACAAACACAAGAGAUGGUUGAACAAGAUCCUCUCGCACAGCGGCCUGAUCUGCACCAGGUCCCCACCGCCGUCUGCCCAGGUUUCAGCAGAUACUCCUCUAGUGACCCCAGAAACAGUUUGCACUGAAGAAGAGGAAGAAAACAGUUCGCUCGUCUCACCACACACCACACAAGAAUCGCCAGAGGUUCUCGAAGAGUCUUACGAAGAGGAAAGCGCUAUAUUCCCCUCUCCUUCACUCCGCAAGCUCCUGCCUGACAAAAUACGGAAGAUUGAGGAGCAGAACCGAAUACACGUUCUGCCUAAAGAGUUUAAGACUAAUAUUGAUCCGGCGUUGAUACCUAAGAUUAUUCCACAAGUGAGGUAUAUAGACAUAAUAGCGAACCUCGUGGGCUGCACGGAGUACAGGAGCAGCUUGGCAGAGUUCUGGUUCCUGGACACGCUGGCCAACCUGCUGAGGAGGGCUCAGGAGGACCUGCUUCCUAGAACCACUCAGGCGGUCCUGAUGCUGUGGUUCUGCGAAUGGAUGAAGGAGAUUCAAAAUUUUGACGCUGCCAAUCGGAAACGUAUGCUCAGACGAUUCAAGGACAACAUGCUGUCAGCCGCCCGUUUCAUCUCCGGAGUGCCCCGCCUGCCCACCCCCUCGGAGGCUGGGGUCCACUACAAAGCCCUAGAAGAAGACGCCUCAGACCACUCUAAAGAUGCACACUCGAAGAAAAACGUAUUCAAUGAGGAUUUGCAUCUGGUGACUUUUGAGGGGUGCGCGUACGAGUGUGCCAUGCGCGAUCUGGUACAGAUCAUGCAUUAUAUCUAUGAUUUGUUCAGUACCGACUACCAAUUCGACCUAGUCCGUUCCAUUUUCACCUUCACGCCUGAAUACCAUCUUAUCGACUUGCCUCACACCUUGCAAAACCCGAAACGGCUGUUAUUGCCUCUUAAGCCAAAGAAGGAGAAGCCUAAGAAGGAGAAAGAAAUUAAGAAGGACAAGGGAAAGAAGAAGGAUGUCGACACGGAGGAGUAUUUGGCAUUGAUGGAGUUGAAAGCCAAAUCAGAUCGUGAGGUAGAAGAGCAAGAAGCCAAAGACGCAGAACUCUGGAACAUGAGGAGCAGCAUCCUGCCGCUGACCUUCGCGGGCACCGACGAGCUGUUCGACAAGUACUGGCCGCCGCCGACCCCGGAGCCCGAGCCGGAACCCGAGCUCAAACUGGAAAAGGGGAAGAAGAAGAAAUAAGAAGUUGCCUGUACUUUACUUGCCUAUAAUAUACCUACUUUUAUUCCACUUUCUUGGUCUCUGAAAUUCACGCGUUCUAUUGAUUCUACGAGAUAACUGUGUCGGAAAAAAUCCAUACGUGUCAAAUGUUCCAUUCCGUUACCUUAAUACCUUACCUUAAUGAAAAAAGAUAACGGUUUGGACUAGUGAUUUGCUUGUUGCGGAAACAUUCCAAAAUCUUAAAUUUCUUGAAAAUUUCCCGAAUCUUUUACGAAAAAUAAAGGGAAUUUAAAUUUAUGAAAUAAAAAAUAUCCAUCCACACAAUUAUCCAUGUACAAAGAA